ACUUGACAUCGACAAAUUGUAGGAUCCAGCAGCAAACCACCACCAGCCAGAAAAGACUGUCAUUGAACUGGGCUGCACGAAAAAAAGUUGUGUUAAUUCGGAGAAAAUUAGGGAAAAGUGAUUUUUCACAAUCUUCAAGCAGUUUAGUGUGAUUCUUUUUAGCAUAGAUUUAGGCAAACUAUUUUUACCUAUUAGAUCGGUUGUGUUUAACACGUUUUUUGUUCGCAAACAAUCGACAUACAUUGUGACAAUUAUAUCCUCGCUAAUCACAAAUUAAGGAAAAGUCGUCCGCUUCCAGAUAAUUUGCAUUCGGGGCAAAGAAAACCAGCAAGUCUGAUAACUUUCAAGGAUUUUUCUACCAACACUAACGUCAAUUUGGCCUACAAACGGGAACUGCAAAGCCAUCAAAAUGUGAACCUACUGCAUUAUAUCAUCGAUAGGGAGAAAUUUUCCAUUUCUGUGCCUGGAAAAUUGCCUGUUUCUGAUUCUUGUUGUUCUUAUUCUUCUUCGAUUUGGGACCAGACCAAAGGCUGGCGCUGAUACUGCUGCAUACCUUAUAGGCGCAGCCGGGCUGCUGCUGCUGCUACCGAGAAAGUGUGUAUAUUGGUGUAUACGGCAAACGCGAGGACGAUCAAAGUGUGAUACAAAUCAUAUCGGCAUGAUGCGAAAGAAGAGUUCAUAAAAGAAUAAAUUAUUGCACAAUCAUCAUCGCAGCGAGGUGGGGAAAGGAUUGAAAAGGAUUUAUUUUUUGGCACGGUAUGAACUUCGGUUCCGCCGGAGAUUAUCGUAAGUUAUAUAACGAAUAUUAAAAUUUCAACAACGGCACUCGGCAUCUAAUCAACGGGAACAGUAAUUAUUAAUCAGCGAAGAGAACACCCGAUAUGGCUAAGAAGAUUCCUUUCAAGGUGGUGUUUGCCUCAGACGAGGACUCGGACUGCCCAGCCAGCGAGUUGAACAGCCACAGUCCAACUGUGCAUGGAUGGCGUUCGAACCCGAGCAGUCCGGUAUCGCCAAAGGAGAUUGUCCUGCGGUUCUUCAAUCCGGCCCGGAUCGUCCGGAUACAAGUGUUGGCCCAUCAGUACUUCAUACCGGAACGCAUCGAGCUGUGGCUGCACUACUCGAGCAAGAGCGCACCCAGUACCCCGUCCAGCCAGAGCUUCGAAUACAUGGGCUUUGUGGCCCUGUCGGACAACUCCAGUACCAACUUCGCGUCCCGGGAGCUGCAAAGCGUGACCGUAACGCCGAAAGUGGGCUCGCACCUGAAGCUCCGCCUUGGUCCGCCGUAUUCAAACAAAUUCAACUCGGACAACCAGGUGGCGUUGCUCGCGAUCAACAUCCUCGGCGAAGAGCUGACCGCCGAAGAGCUUUCGUCGAUAAAUUCCAACGCGGCACUGCUGAACGUUCCUCCGGCCAACAUCGAAGCGUUGAACAGUUCACUGGCAUCGGUGUGCGAUGAUCUGUCCUAUUCCAUGUACGUGGAGGAGGGCAUCUGCGAUGUGGUUCGCAAGAUGGAGCUGCUGAAACUUCAGGCAGUUCAAGAUGAACGCUUCGAAUACGCACGAAAACUGAAGCUUUGUAUGACUGCGCUGCGAACGGCUGGUGAACGCCUUGGGCGGUAUGCCCUAGCCAAACGCCAGGCCGUUCAGCAGGAAGACUUCAGCACGGCUCGUCUGCGCAAGGAGCAGAUCGAAAUGUACCGGAAAGCCGUAUUCGAUCAACUCCGGGUAGAUACCCUACUCAAGAGUGAUAAGAGCAUUACCAGUAACGACAGCUGUUCCGAGCUGUAUGCAUCUAAACCGACGUUGCCUUCACCGCCUAGCCUGCAGGACGUAGCAAGUGCUUUAUCGGAAACCUGUCUGCCCAGUGUGGCCGAAGCUGUCACUAAACAGCAAAUCCUACUACACGAUACGACUGACUCUACCACCAAUACCACCAAUUCAACGACUUCAGGUUCCAGUGCGGUGGGAGCCAUAGGAAAACCACAGGAAGCCACUCCCAGCAAACACUCACACACUCUAUGCAGGCCGGAAGAUAUUCCUAACUCUCCACUACUAAGUCACAAGGGCCGUAGCCCAAUGCGUUCGCCGACGAAUACGGGUUCACUCCGUCGACGGAACAAGAGCGCUCCGCGAAACAGCUACGAAGACUACGAUGAACGAGCCAUCUCAACACUAAGUUCCCAUACGAACGACUUUCUCCGAGAGUGCCAGGGGACGGCAUUAAUGGAGAAUGAUUCCGGGAAGGUUCGUUCCAAGCUGAAUGAUCGAGAGCGACGGCAAGCUGCGCUGCCGAUACUGAUAUUCGGGAUGGAGCUGGUCGAGUUGAUCUACUCUCGCCAGUAUAGCGAUCGCGAGGAAGGUUUGGUAAGGUUAAGGAGCAUUAUGAAACGGGAAGGUGAAGAGGACCAGUCGGCUGGACCGAGCAAGAUCUGUCGAAGUGCUACGCUGCUACUACAUCGUGGAGUUCGCGAUGCCGUGUUUUCGGUGUUUAGUCAAGCGACGGAAACAGUGAGAUCACUGUUUAUGGAAUUCGUGCCGAAUCGGGUAACACCGAGCGAAGUAUCCCGUUCGGUUGAUCGACUUUUACCGGAGUUGCUUUCCAAAAGCGGUGAUCCAUCGGCUAGGGUUCAUACGCUGGCUCAGCACACGAUCCUAAGCAUUGCAGCGUGUCCGGAGGUGCGUGAACAACACUUGAUCGCUCCGGCGCUGUCCAGACCGGUUGGGAACGGAACUCAUCCACGGUUGGCGCUGAGCCGCAUGCAGAUGCUGGAGCAGUUGGUCCUGAGUCAAGGCAUAUCCAGUGACAAGCAGAGUGGAUUGGCGUGUCGAACACUGUCUGAAGCAGGUUGCUCUGGGAUUCAUCAUCCGGCGGAAUCGGUUCGGAAGGUCGCUGAAAGGGUCCUAUUACUGGUUUACAAGGUUAAUCCUAGAUUGGUAAGAAAACAGCUGCCGCCGGAUGAUGACAUUACGCGAAGGAAUCUGCUUUACCGACAGUUGUUUACCGAGUUUGAUAAGAUCGAUCUGCAGCGUAAGAAGGAGAUGUUGGAAAACAAGCAUUUCAGUGGACCGAGUGCGUUUGGCGGUUUAUGUUCUCCACCGAUGUCGAAUAGUUCAAAGAAUUCGCCACCGGUCGAGAUUCGAAGUCGAGGCCUGCGGUACGACAGUGCUGGAAGCGCCGGUCGAACGAUCGUCAGUUUUUCCGACGGCACGAACCCUAGUUGGCAGUCAAGUUUCAAUUCACUGAAAUUGCAGGAUUCCCACUCGAGUCCGGUGAGACGACCAGAUUCGGCAGGAAUCAUCAAAAGCAAGAGCGGCCAUGCGAUCGGUCAUCACCAUUGGGCCAAUGAGGACAAGUGCGAAAGUUCCUACUAUGACAAGCGGAAUUGCAAUGGAAAGGACCAAAAGUUGAGUCAACCGAAGACGAUGAUCUACGACAGUACGGUUGGAUUCCUGGGAUCGGAAAACGGAGGUGGUUCGCGGAAGAGUUCCAAUUCGGACUCGUUCGAAGGAAUUGACAAUGAGAUUCGCUGUCCAUUCUGCGAUUGGAUCUGCCAUGGGGACCCUGCUCAGCUCGAUAAGCACUACUGGAAGGCGUGUCCCGUGCUGACCAAGUGUCCGCAGUGCAGUCAGAUAUUGGAGGUGGCAGCACUGUCACCGCAUCUAAUAAAUGAAUGUGAGGCUAAAGCAAGUUAUGUUACCUGUGAACGCUGUACGGAGUCGGUUCAUAAAGAUCUCUACGAGUACCAUAUGAUGGAAGAUUUCUGUCGAGAACUAACGAAUGGUGCAGCGCGAUGUCCACUUUGCCACGACGACGUUCUCCUGCCACUGGAUGGAGGCUGGAAGCGCCAUCUGCUGAGUCGAUCCGGCUGUUUGGGAAACUCUCGGCGAAGAGCAAAAGUUUAAAUCGUAUCAAUCUUUUAAAUCAAAACACACUACAGAAAACUCCUAGGCAGCAGUCGCUUUUUAGCCCAAUCUAAUUGUAAACAAUCGGAGGCAGCAGUAAACCGAGGCAAAUGACUACGUAGAGCAGCUUUUAAAUGUCUCUUAGAAAUUUUACGAUUCUCUACAAACUUGUCGUCAGUCAGAUAUAGAUAGAAAUUUUCGGAAAUUAAUCAAGCAACUCAACAGCACCAACAGGAAGGAACUAUAUAGUAGAGACACUCACAUUUUUAACAAGCAGCAAUUACUAUUUGAAGGUUAGCAACUCUUCUCGUGGAAGGACAGUUAUUAGAAAAUUUAAAAAUUUACAUACAUAAAACUUCAGGAGCUAAUCAGUUCGACUAACCGAGACAUAAACCUGCUACCAAUUGUUACUGCAAUACAACAAGAAAGAAUUUAAUCGAGUUUAAAACUUUGCAUCCCCAAGUAACAGCAAAAAACCAUUGAGGAGAAUACAUUGUAGAUUCGAAAAAAAAAAAAUUUAAUGUAGCUGACAUGUUUUGUUGAGUAGAUUUUUUAACGAUAAAGUAUUGACAUACAUUUUCAGAGCAUACAUUAGCAGUUUUCCCUCCUUAAUACUUAAUAAUUGAAAUCAUGCCGCAAGGUAGGCAAAGUUUGAUAUUAACAAAAAAAAAAAAAAAGUCCAAAACCGAUAUGUGAAACCGUAAAAGUAUUUCCCGUCCUCAACCUUGAAUCGAACCGAAGAAUAAUAAAGUAUUGUCAUCUUUUUUGAUUCGAAUGAAAGCGUGUUGGGUUU